CAGAAGUGUUUAGAGUGGCUCACAUACACACACACACACACACACACUCCAGUGGAGUAGAGAUGCUCACCUCCUGCUGUUUAUAUUUUCACUGACAUUCCAACAGAAGACAGCUGCAGGUGGAUAAAUGAUUAAACAAUGUCAUCAUCCAAAAAGACGCUUUUAUUGCUGGUUUAUGUAUUAUGCACGUUCCGCGCUGUGCGCUCGGGGGACACUGGAGACGCCAGACCCUGCUCUGGAUCACACUGUCCAGGGGGCAGAUCGCCCAGACCACCGCGACAACACAAUCCGGCAUCACAGAGCAGAUUAAUAAAUCACCAUCAUGCUCCUUCCAGUUUUCCAUCGGAACAUCACGCAACGCUUCUGUCCCAGCGCGGGCGGUCUGGAGAUCAGACAAGGGAAACCGUCCAGACGCGCGUCGCUGGAGUUUCUGGUCCUAUGUGCGCAGACUGCGUUACGCCUCAACGACCAGAUCAUGUUAUGAACGACACCAGAGAAUGUAAAGGAUUUGAUUGCCGUCUACCUCUGAGGAUAAGACCGAGACCCUGCGUUGGAGACGGGUGUGUGCUCGGUACCAGCCAACCUCCCCUCAUCCAUGUGGCAGACAGAGCCGCUCAGUUUCUGGGGGAAUUUCCGGACACUGGAUAUCCAGCAUCAGAGAGUGGGGCUCCUCUGGGAGUUCAACUCACUUGUGACAUCAAACCAGGAGAGAAUGAGGUCCCGGCUGAGGAUGCACUUAUCCUACAUCUGCAGCUGGCAAAGGGACAAGAGAAGCUGGUGGAGGCUUUGAGAGCUCAGCAAGUAGUCAUCCGUGAUCUGCAGCAGAGACUGGUGGAACAGCAGGGGGCCCUCCUCUCCCAGCAGCGUGAGAUACUCGAUCAUCAGCGCCGCAUGUUUGAGCAGAUGGAUGUGGUGAAGGCUCAGUACGGUCUUCUUUCUGAGACUGUCAAGCAGUUCUCGUUUCAAGGCUUGCAGGGAGAACUGCAAAGCUAUUUUGAAAGCCACCUGGCCGGUCUUCAGAACCAAGCACGCAGCCACCUGCAAAAGUCCUAUGCUGUGCAUAAGGUAGAUGUGGACACCAAAGUGGUGAAUGUAGUUGGAGAUGCAGGACACCCAGUGUUGGGGUGUCAAAUUGCGUGUGGGCCUGAAGAAUACUGCGACUUCCAGAAGGAUCCACCGCAGUGUGAAAGGUGCACUAUGUGUCCCCCUGGAUUCUUCCUGGUGUCACAAUGCUCCCCCACUGCUGAUAGGAUGUGCCAGGACAGGGAUGAAUGCCUAGAAUUACCAAGCCUGUGUGGAGAGCGAGUAAAAUGUCUCAAUACCCCAGGAGGGUUUCGUUGUCUUGGCAUCUCUGAGACAGAGAUGUCCACAGGGCUGUGUGGUCAUGAGUACUUUUACAAUCAAGAACUUCAGGAGUGCCAGGCUUGUUCAGACUGUGACGGUGAGCCUGUUGGAAUUCCUUGUACUUUCACCGGUGAUGCUGUAUGUGGAACUGUGACUGAGAAUGAGCUCUCACAGUCUUGGACUGCUUCAAUUGUCAUUCCGCCUACAAAGUCGAAGAGUACUUCCAUCUACCCAGGGCUACAGCUCAAUAUUCGUGGCAGAGAAGAAAACAACCUGCUGACCAGCCAUGAUGAUUACCUCAACAUUCAACAACAUGGACUGGUCUGGAUAGACUACAAUUUUGCACUAAAGCACAGCUGCAGGAACUUUCUCCAAGUCGGGGUACGGAUCAAUGGCAGCGAAGAGGAGGGUAGAGACCUCAGCGGGGUUCGAAUUGAGCAGCCUGAAAGGAAGUUCUUUCAGGGUGUGACUGUAAGUGCAGCAGUUGAGGUGGAACCCAAUCAUACUCUGUCACUCGUGCUGAAAAGUCCCAAUCAAUACUGCAACCAGAGUAAAGAUAUUCAAGCCUAUGAGCUUGGAGGAGCUUCAUUCAGCUUGCUCUGGCUGUCUCAUGACACUGGCGCUGUUGCCAUGACUGCCCAGAUGUCCACAGCAGCUCACUACCAGAGUAACUAUCGUCCCACCUUCCGUAUAGCAACUGUCUCUGAUCCCUACAUAGUCACACUGACCCAUGACAGCCGUGGGGUGCGUUUCAUGGAGAGCGGAGUGGUGAAGUUUGUACUCCAACAGGCUAUCUAUUCAAUGGGCCAUUCUUGUGUUCGAGAAGGUUUCUCACUGAUUGCCUAUGUCAACAGAAAUGGCACUAACCAGGAGGUGCUACGCUCCUUCAAGUCUGGUGUUAACUACAGAGACACCUCCAUUACCCUUUCUGGGGCCACAAGGGUAGACAGCGAAGACUGGCUCAAUUUUGAAAUUGUUGCCCCAUCUCAGUGUAAUGUCCGCUACUUUGGCGAUAGUUCUGGGAUUAGUAUGCUGAGCUUGAUCUGGAUCCCUACUGCUGUCUCCUCCAUGUUCACAGCCACUGUUUUAAGAACAGCUCUACCCUCUGGGGCAGUACGAAAUAAACCAUUGCUCUUUAGGCAGAUGAGCCCGAAUACAGACCAGAUGCGACUAGCUGGGUCAGGUGAGCCACAUGCUCAGAGGAACUUUGUGUUUUCUGAGCCAGGGACGGUCAGUGUGGCCCUCAACUUAAAACUGAUCCACUCCUGCAAUGUGGUAAAGCUGACCCUUUACCGGCAAGGUACAGAUGGAGGCCAGGAAACAUCCUUAGCCCAACAGGUGGGUGGACAUAUGCCUGAAGGUAGUGAGUGGGCCAGUGUGGGACUGAGAACUUCCUUUGAAGUGCAGAACGGUACUGCCGUUUAUGUUUCUCUGGACUGCAUUCGUGGGCGGAUCAACCAGAUCACCCAUGAGGGAGGCACCAACAUCUCCAUUCUUUGGUUGGCGUCAUGAACCCAAGUAUGCAAUCUAAGGCAGGGGCCUCCAAACUCAGCCCUGGAGGGCCAAUGUCCUGCAGAGUUUAGCUGCAACCCUAAUUGAACACACCUGAUUUAGCUAAGUAAGGUCUUACUAAGCAUACAAGAAACUUCAAGUCAGGCGUUUUGAGGCAAGUUGGAGUUCAACUCUGCAGCACACCGGUCCUCCGGGACAGAGUUUGGAGACCCCUGAUCUAUGAUGUCGUAAUUAACUAAAAAAUUGCUUUGGAAAAACUGGUGCUUUCAUAAGAUAAAGUAAAAAACUUUAUAUGGAUGGACUGCACAGGUGCUAUUAAUACUCCUCUGGUAUUCCGACGCCAUGUUUACUGUCGUUAUGAGAGGAGCGGGGGGGGUAUUAUUAUGGUGUGACAAUUCAGUUACAGAAACAAAAAUAAGAAUACAUGUUUUUUUUUUUUUGGCUGAAACAAUGAACUAAUAUAACCUUUAAAAAGUACUUUUUUCAUAAGUGCUAUGGCUGGUUGAGCAGUGACCAAUUUUUCCCAAGGGAGUUCAUAUCUGUUUGAUCUGAAAUCAACUUAAAUGUUCGUAAACAGAAUUUUAUGUUUUUUAGAAAGUGUGUUUGUUAAAGAGUAAGAAUGUGUAUUUGUGAGCUGACGUGAUGUUUUUGCUGCACUUUAUCAAUGUUGAAGUGCAGUAUGUUGUACAGUGCACAGUUUUGUGUUCAAUUUUGGAUUCAAGCUUGAUCAUAGCUUGAUCUACUGUAUAUGAAAUAUAGGCUCACUAUUGUAUUUUUGUUUUUAUAUUUUAUUAUAGAAAUCAAAUAACAAAAUAAUGAAAUCAUUAUGCUUGAAUAUUUAUAUUUAGUACUAUAAAUGAAUACUGCUGAUCAUUAUGUCCUGCCAUUGUAAUUUAUAUUAAAAAAAAAAAAGGAAAAUACAAAACAGACAAAUUUGACCAUUCAUUCUAAGCUACAGUAUAAAUGUCAUAUGUAUUCUAUUACUCUGAAUACUGUUGCCAUGUGCUGUCUGUGCAUACCAUGUUUAAUUGCUUCUGUAUGUGUUCAAACUACAGAUUACCAACAGUGAAGUGAACAAACAUUUGGCAACAUUAAUGUCAUGUCUGGCUUAGACCCCUACAUAUUUUAAUGCAAGGACUGGUAAUUCAUUAACUGUAGAAAUAAUGUAGAGUGAAAUCUUUUAUUGUCAAAAAAUAAUAUGCUUCCUAAUAUUUUAUUAAAGCUUCUGUAAAGCUUCUGUACUUGUUUAGUAAAGAACAGGUCAUUCUUACUCCAUUUUUACAUUAAAUACAGCUUGAUUAUGUUGUGGUUUUUAAAAUCUAGCAAUGCUACGUUUCUUUGUUACUGGAUUUGU